AUGUGCAUAGUGUUAAUUAAAAACAAAUCGUUGUUAAUUACAGGUGGUGUCUGGUCUCUACGGAACCUGUCCAUCUCCGUCCCCAGGGCUGUCCUCUCUGGUGAGGGUCAGUCAGCCGUUCUACGCUGCUCCUACGACCUGGAAGGCGCUAUGCUGUACUCAAUCCGGUGGUACCGAGCAGAAACCGAGUUCUACCGAUUUGUCCCGAGGGAAAUGCCACCUACAAUGGUAUUUCCUUUACCUGGAGCGUCAGUUGAUGUAACCCAGUCAGAUAGCCAGCAAGUCAGGAUUGUGAACCUGAACAGGAGACUCAGCGGCGAUUACCAGUGCGAGGUCUCCGCUGACGCGCCUCUCUUUCACACCGACAUCAGAUCUGCUCCUCUUACUGUUGUUGAUCCUCCCUUCCGAGCGCCGCGUCUAUCCGUCUCUCAGAGGAGUUACUCAAGAGGUGACGUCAUACACGCCAACUGCUCUAUCGACGAAGCUUACCCUGCACCCAACAUUACUUGGAUUCUGGACGAUCAUAAGAUAGCAGAAACUGUUUCCUGGAGGUCGUCAGAAUUGGAUUUCAAGGAACGAGGAGCCUUUAGCCAGUUGGAACUGACUAUAUUGGAAGCAGAACAUUACAAGGUCGGUCUGACCUACACCAGCUCGAGUUUGAACCGCGCCUACCAGGAUCAUUAUGUCUUCGAUAGGGAUAUGGAAGAUGACCGCGAUAUUAUUCGAUACACGAUGGUAUCACCUCCAAGUGGUCAGUUUACGCUCGGCUGUGUGGCGACCAUCUUCGAUAUCUACGCACGGAAGAGUGAACCAACGUACAUCAGGGAAGAUGCCCCCCAUCCUGCCUCUGUAACCGGAGAAGAUUCUUCAGGUACACUCACAAGCCACAACAUGUUGCUGACAGCUGUUUCUGCAUGCGUUCUGUUGUUGCGUGCGUUAUGA